AUGUCUUCCUCUAACAACUCUAACACUGUUUUAUCUCCUAUCGAUUUGAAUGUUCUUCCGUCUGAGGAUAUGAUGAGGGAGUGUCUUUAUGAGAAAAAUGUGGAUUUUGCUUUAAGUUAUAGAAUCCAAAAGACCUUGUUUAAGAAGAAAGCUCCCGAUUUUCCUGUAACUGCAGGUGACUGGGCUGUCAAAGAAAUGUUAAUCAGUACCAUUCAAAGAAAACGAUACUAUUUAAACAAAAAAAAAAAUCGAACUCUUCCAGUGCAAGAAGAAGCAGCACAAGAAGUGCAAGAAGAAGCAGCACAAAAAGUGCAAGAAGAAGUGGCACAAGAAGUGCAAAAAGAAGUAGCACGACAAGAAGAAACACGAAGAACACAAGAAGAAUCUCCAGUACUUCCUCUGCAACAAGAAUCUCCUUUAGAAGCACCACAAAAUAGCCAAAAAAAAAAGAAAGACGUGGAAGAGAAUAAUAUACCAUAUGUAUUUUUUCAUAUGAUGUUCUUUUGGUAUACAAUUUUUCUUACUGGGAAUAAGGAGCCUGUAAGUGGCAAUGAUAAUGAGCUUAGACUCUUACUUCAGACAGAACUUGCCCGACAAGCUGAUGAAUUCACCUUGUUUUAUCACACUACAAACUUGUGGGGUGCUAAAAACAUUAUAAUGGAGGGCAUAGAUUUUGGUGAAUAUAGAAGAAGACAAGACUUUGGUGGCAGAACUGAUGUGGUCAAGUUUGCUCGGCAACGAGUUCUGAACUCACCUGCUAUAAUCGUAUAUCACAUUCCUGAAACCUUGCUGGAACAGCAUGACCACCUUAAUCUUAGUGAAGAUCAUAGAAUGUGGAAGGAUGUGGUACAUCACUCUCGUAAUGGAAUUAGAAAUGUGGUUGAUGAUUAUGAUUCUGCUUAUGGUCCACAAGCCACGAAUGGUAAGAAGUUGAUUGAUGACAAUAAAGUGACACCCAAAGCAUCUGUGGAUAAGAAUCAGCUAGCAAUCAAAUCAGGAAAAUUAUCAAGAAAAAUUGACUCACAAAUUGUAGGAGUUAUCAUCUACAAAAAAUAA